GUAAAAUUCACUUUCCGUGCCCCCUCCAGGAGCGUUCCUGAUCCCAUACUUCAUCUUCUUGGUGGCAGGGGGCGUUCCUGUCUUCUUCCUGGAGAUCUUCCUGGGCCAGUUUAUGAGCCAGGGCGGCAUCGGCUGCUGGAAGAUAUGUCCAAUACUUCAGGGCAUCGGGUUUGCCACCACUGUGAUCUGCUUCCUGGGGAACAUCUACUACAUCAUCAUCCUGAACUGGGCGGCGUACUUCUUCGGCCGCUCCUUCACUUCUCUGCUGCCCUGGUCACACUGCGAGAACCCAUGGAACACGGAAUACUGUACGACCAACUUCACCAAACCAGACACCGGUGCUAUGAACAUGACCAACGCCACCAUGGACGGCAACAUGACAGCCUUCAACACGACCAACGCCACCUUACAGAUCUCUCCUGUGGUCGAGUUCUGGGAGAACAAAGUACUGAACAUGUCAGAGGGAGUGGGUGAGCUUGGGGAGGUUCAGUGGGACCUAGCCGUGUGUCUGCUCUGUGUCUGGAUCGUCGUCUACUUCUGCGUCUUCAAGGGGGUCAAGUCCACGGGCAAGGUGGUGUACUUCACCGCUACCUUCCCCUACGUGAUGCUGACCGUCCUGCUGAUCCGGGGCGUCACGUUAGAGGGCGCUGCCGAUGGGCUCUUCUUCUACCUGAAUCCGGACUUGGAGAGACUGAAGGAUCACAAGGUGUGGAUCGACGCAGGGACACAGAUUUUCUUCUCGUUUGCCAUCGGCGUGGGUUGUAUGACGGCACUGGGCAGCUACAACAAGUUCCACAACGACUCCUACAAACAGUGUUUCCUGAUUGCUGCAGUGAACUGUUUCACCAGUCUGUACUCCGGCCUGGUGGUGUUCUCAGUUCUCGGCUUCAUGGCCAAGGAACAGGGGCUGGACAUCAAGGAUGUGGCCGCCUCAGGACCUGGCCUGGUGUUCAUCGCGUACCCGCGAGCGCUGUCGCUGAUGCCGCUCGCCCGGCUGUGGUCAUGUCUCUUCUUCUUCAUGAUCAUUCUGGUCGGGCUGGACAGCGAGUUCGUGGGUGUGGAGGGUGUUGUCACUGCCGUGGUGGACAUGAUUCCAUACCUGCGCCGCGGCUACAACCGCGAGCUCUUCAUCGCCGGGAUGUGCGUCUUCAACUUCCUGCUGGGACUCACCAUGGUCACUAAUGGAGGAAUUUACGUCUUCAAACUCUUCGAAUACUACUCUGCUAGCGGGAUCGCCCUUCUUUUCAUGGCCUUCUCCGAGUGUGUGGCCAUCGCCUGGAUCUUCGGAGUGAACCGUUUCUAUGACAGCAUUGAGCUGAUGGUCGGCUACAGGCCCCUGGUCUGGUUUAAAAUCUGCUGGACAGUUCUCACACCUCUCAUCAUUGUGGGCAUCAUCCUGUUCAUGUGCGUGACGUGGUCUCCCAUGGAGUUUAAGCACUUCACGGGGACCUACUACUUCCCUACCUGGGCAGAGGGUAUCGGGUGGGUCAUGAUGGCGAUGGCCAUCCUCUGUGUACCCGUCACAGCCGUGGUAAAGAUGUGGCAGGCCAAGGGGACAUUCCGGGAGCGUUGGCGAGAGGUGACCACGCCCCAGCUCCAGUACCACCAGCUGAGAGACAAGGACAAGCUGGCGCGGGGACUCAGAUUCGACUCCGACCCCUCCACACACCCUCCCCCGUACUCCAGCCUUCAGCAGCACGAUACAGAGCUGUAGGCGGGGGGACUCAGCUUCGACUCCGUCCCCUCCUCACCCCCUCCCCGUACUCCAGCCUUCAGCAGAAUGAUACAGAGUUGUAGUUGGGGGAACCCAGCUUCGACUCCGACCCCUCCACACCCCCUCCCCCGUACUCCAGUCAUAAGCAGCACGAUACAGAGCUGUAGGCUGGGGCAUAGUCAAGGAAAAAAAGCAAGCACGGGGAAAACCCUAUGUUCAGACACCCCUAUCUUUCUACCGUAUCAAAAGCUGUCCAGAACAUGACGUAUCAAACCAGAUGUUCCGCUGCAGUAACAGCAGAAAGCCACUAGGGGGGCAGAAAAUCUGUACCUUACCGUACCUUUCUACGCUGCAUUACAUUGGCUGCGUCACUGCAGCCGGGAGAUUUGAAAGGCGAUCAACAGACUUCAUCGAUAGAAACGUGUGUUUUCUUGUCUUCUUUGUCAUACGUUUUGUAUGAUAUUCUCAUUUGAAGUCAAGGGUAACACACAUUUAAUUUAUUACGCAGCGACGCCGCAAACGUGAUGCAGUCCAGUGAGUCCCUACAUUGUUGGGGGUGUCGGAAAUAGUGAUAUCGGGAUAUGAGGGCGUAACCCAGUAGCCCACUACUUCUCUGAUGUCACGUUUUGUGUCGAAACUUGAAGUGUAAUCCUACGAUUUUCGUAUGAUUUUGCAAGCCUUGUCCACAGAUGGUCCAAUGUCUCUACGAACCUUCUUCCCUUUGAGACCACUUUAUUUGCUUGCCGUCUCCUUCACAACCCCCCCCCCCCUUUUACUCUUCUUCCUCAGACAAGUAAGGAGAUUGAUCUGGACCAGACCAUCACCAUAUCACCAUGGUAGCUAACACGCUGCAGUGUUUGAUUACAACAUGUAGCAAGUGGUAGGACAGGAGCUGGGUAUCAUAUGAUAUUAUAGGAAUGUGUUUGAGUAAGUGGA